AGUGAUACACCAGACAUUUCUCAGAGAAUGCAUGAGCACUACGGUAGCCUCAAUCUGUUAAUCAGAAAUCCUAGCUUUGAACUUGGUGGAUUGUUUACCUGGACUCAAACAGAGCCCAUUAAGAAGAUCCUGAAGCAGAUUGAGCUAUUUGUGAUCAAAGUUGAGAUGGAUUCACCGUGGCCUGUAAUGGGCAGUGACAUCACCCUCAGCUGCACCAUCUCCAGACUCUCAGACACCAUCAACCUUCAGUGGAAACAGAGAAACUCUUCUCAGGAAAACAGGAGGAUCAACACUAAUGAGAUCCAACUGAAUAACACAGUCUAUCUCAUCAUUAGACAUGCUGGAGCUGAAAAUCAGAAUUUAUAUACAUGGGAAGUACAGGAAAAGAACUCCAUUAUUCUCACUGGAAAAACAAACAUUGGUGUGAAUCAGAAUUUACAUGAUAAAAAAUACACACUUUAUCGGUCAGUCACAGAUCAAAGUGAACUCGAGCUGAUUUGUGAAGUCGAUUCUAUGAUAAUAAAAACUAAAUGGACCUGGUCUUCACAUUUAAAGAAUGAAGAUCAAGAAAUAGCUUCCACUUACAAAUCAAAGCCUGUCAACAUAAACAGGGUCUACUUUGGGAGUCGAUUGGUCCCUCCAGUGAGCAAUUUCACUGACAGGUUUUUCAGUGUGCGGAUUGUGCCUGUCCUGUUUGAAGAUGCAGGAGUUUACAGAUGUUUUCAGGGAUCAAAUAAUCAUUUGACCAUUAACCUGAUCACAAUUAAAGUCACAGCGGAACCCUCUGAUGCAGUGACUGAGGGAGGCUCUGUUACCCUGACCUGCUCUGUCUCUGAUGUCACUAAAUCCAUGAGACUUGCUUGGAUCGAUCGCAAUGGUAAAAUUGUUGCGGCAAAAACAUUCAAGGAACAGAAGCAGGAAGGGGAUAAUUUACAGCUGAUUAUUCAGAAAUUUGACAGAGACAGAAGGAAUUGGACAUGUACUUUGUUUCAUCAAAGCAUACCCAAGGUUUUAAUUCCUUAUUAUCUGGAGUUUAACAGUAAGUGUCUCAGAUUUUAUUUUUAAGAUUAGAUUUCCUACAGUAUGGAAACAGGCCCUUCAGCCCAAGAAGUCCACACUGACGCU